GAUAGCUGCCAAAAGGGUUGCGAUAUUUUUGUUCGCAUGUCUCCGAUGGAAGAGAACCAAUCACGCCCUUAUCACUCUCUCUUUAUCAUCAUCUUCCAUUAGCAGGAACACGGAAGCUGCUGCUGUUACUGAGAGCCUCAAAUCCCACCCUUAGCAAUACAGAGCACAGGAAACGAAGAAGAAUUCACAAAUAUUGUAAAAUUUAUUAUUCUCAGCUUUUUCUUUGUAGUUAUAUCUGAUUUAGAGUCCCAUUUCUGUGAUUAUCUGUUCAGGUGCAUAAGUUUAAGAGAUGAGCACAUUGGAUGUAACCAGAGCAGAACUUGCGCUUGUUGUUUUGUAUCUGAAUAAGGCUGAAGCCAGAGACAAGAUAUGCAGAGCUAUACAAUAUGGCUCUAAAUUCUUGAGCAAUGGAGAACCUGGAACAGCACAGAAUGUUGAUAGAUCCACUGCCUUAGCACGCAAAGUCUUUCGUCUUUUCAAGUUUGUCAAUGAUCUGCAUGGACUAAUCAGCCCUACUCCCCAAGGAACACCUCUACCCCUUGUUCUUUUAGGGAAGUCCAAGAAUGCUUUGUUAUCGACUUUUCUAUUCCUUGAUCAAAUUGUUUGGCUCAGUAGGACGGGCAUCUAUAAGAACAAAGAACGCGCGGAGCUGAUUGGCCGGAUAUCACUCUUUUGUUGGAUGGGUUCAUCAAUCUGUUCCACAUUGGUUGAGCUUGGAGAGCUUGGGAGGCUUUCCUCAGCAAGAAAAAAGCUGGAGAAGGAUCUUAAGAAUAGGAAUAAAUAUGAAGAUGAGAAAUACUGCGCAAAGGUCAAGCAAUCGAACGAGCGGUCCCUUGCACUGAUUAAAGCCGCCAUGGAUGUUGUUGUUGCAAUUGGACUACUUCAGUUGGCACCUAAGAAAAUAACUCCUCGCGUCACUGGAGCAUUUGGAUUUGCCACCUCUUUGAUAUCAUGUUAUCAGUUGCUUCCAUCAGCACCAAAGUCCAAGGCCUCUUAAAGAAAGAAACUCCUUGCUACUCAAGAGCAUGAAUGUCAUUUAAAUAAUUAUUUUAACGUGUAAAAAAAAAAACAGAGAUAUUUACUGUAGUACCUUGCUGCAUUCACUGACUUUAAGGUGAACCUGAAAUAUUUAUAUAUCUAUUAUAUAUAGUUUUUUCUUUUUCAUCAUGAACGUUUG